UAAGGAAAUUACGCUCGAGCGGAGGAGGAGCAGGCAGGCCAGCGUGCAGCCGCUGCUGCAGCGGGGGGGAUCCAGGGGGUACAUCGCUGCCGCCGGGACGGGAGGAGACCCCCCCGCUCCUCCCCCACGCAGCGCAGCGCUAGGCGCUGCAGACCCGGGGCCAUAGAACAGGGAUCUGCUUUUCGUCAUUAGCAACCCAAGCUGGAUUCAAGCUGGUGAUCAAGGUUGACGUACCUUUGUUUUCUUUUCCUCUCUUUGGAGAAGCAGGGUAAGUCCCUAACCCAGGGGGCAAUUCCACUCAGCAGCAUGACAAGCGAGGUGGUGGAGGAUGAGAUGGAAUUUUAUUCCAAGGCUGAGAAAUACUGGAAGGACGUGCCGCCCACAGUGGAUGGGAUGCUGGGUGGGUACGGCCACAUCUCCAGCAUUGACAUCAACAGCUCCAAAAAAUUCCUGCUUAAGUUCCUUCGGGAUGGUCCUAACAGGACGGGAACCACCUGUGCCCUGGACUGUGGGGCUGGGAUCGGCAGGAUCACCAAGAGGCUGCUGUUGCCUCUCUUCAAAGCAGUGGACAUGGUGGAUGUGACUGAGGACUUCCUGACCAAGGCGAGGACCUACCUGGGAGAAGAGGGCAGGCGAGUGAGGAACUACUUCUGCUGCGGCCUGCAGGACUUCAGCCCCGAGCCCAACUCUUAUGACGUCAUCUGGAUCCAGUGGGUAAUAGGACACCUGACUGACGACCACCUGUCUGACUUCCUGAAGAGAUGCAAGGUUGGCCUGCGCCCCAAUGGCAUCGUUGUCAUCAAGGACAACAUGGCCCAGGAGGGAGUCAUCAUGGACGAUGUGGACAGCAGCGUGUGCCGGGACCUGGAUGUGGUGCGGAUGAUCGUCCGGCGUGCAGGCCUCAACCUCCUGGCUGAAGAAAGGCAAGAGAACUUCCCUGACGAAAUCUACCACGUCUAUACAUUUGCCAUGAGAUGAACCCGGGCUGGGAGAGGCUGUUUACCAAGAGGUACCACUGUGCCAGCUCAGAGCAAAGGACCAGCCCAGCAGGCCCCUUCUGGGGGGACCAGGAGGACACCUAUCGUGCAGUCCAGACACUUCACGGUUAAAAUUCGGGGUGGGGUGGGGUGUCCUGAAUAACCCUGCUGGGGCUGUCUGGAAAGAUCGGGGCGGGUCUUCUGCGUUGCUGCUAUUUGUGAGAAAAGACAGCUGCCAAAUACACUCUCCUGCUGUUGCACCUCUGUACACGGACUCUGCUUAAACACCCCCACGCCACCCACCCAGGCUGGCUCUAUAGAGAGGAAAAGCCUUGAUGCCGCACCAGGUGGGGGUACGAGAGGCAGAGUAAGAACUCCUGCAACUGCCCUGCCUUGGUGUGUGUGCCUGCCGCCAGACAACGCUGCGUGCGCGAUGCCUGAAUGCCGCUCAGUUCAGGGCGUGCGGAGGAGGCUGACGCACUAGCUCUCCCUGCUGCAGGGGGUAGAACUCACUAGCUCUUGCUCCAGCUCCCUACUUCGCUGUUCCUAACCCUCCUCUCCUCUGGGUGCCUGAACUGGGGUCGGUUCAGCUAGGCGUUUCUUGCUGCCUUCCCGAAACCAGUCUGAGGCAGGAGGUUGUAGGUUCCUGGGACGUGAAAUCUGUCGCAAAGGCAGAGGGGUAGAUGUUCGGGCUCUCUCACCGUGAUGGAAAAGGGGUGAUUUUGUUUGUUUGUCUGUCUGAAGAUCUCUGCCAUUUCCUUGGGAUGGAGCAGAUCUGUCCAAGGGGAGGAAGAAAAGAGGCCCUGGGGCUGUCGUGGGGUUUUAUAUGGCUGCCCAUCACUACUGUAUCUUCCACGCAAAAUCAGUAGCAAUAGCAAAAUUGUUAGUGUCUUCAUGGAAUCUCGGGGAGUUUUU